AUGUCCAUCAGCAACGAGGAAUAUGCAGUCGGUUGGAUCUGCGCGAUCACUACGGAAUCCGUUGCUGCGCGAGCUUUCCUCGACGAAGAACAUAAGGGCCCGAAGCACGUCGCGCAACACGACGAUAAUAACUACACACUAGGCCGGAUCGGAGAACAUAAUGUGGUGAUUGCGGUUUUACCGGACGGCGACUACGGCACAGCCUCUGCUGCCGGCGUCGCUCGCGACAUGCUUCACAGCUUUCCGAACAUCAGGAUAGGUCUCAUGGUUGGGAUCGGCGGUGCUGCACCGACUGUGAAGCAUGACAUCCGCCUAGGCGAUAUCGUCGUUAGUACUCCUCGAGGUGGCUACGGCGGCGUUUUCCAGUAUGACUUUGGCAAGACAAUCCAGUGUCAGAAGUUUCAAGCCACAAGGUUCCUAGAUCAACCGCCGACUGUGCUACGUACGGCUGUCAGUGGAUUGAAGGCGCAAUACGAGGCCGACGGCCACCAGAUCCAGGAAGCCAUCCAAGCUGCUCUUGUGAAGAAGCCGAGACUGCGACGGAAUUAUAACCAGCCAGACCCGAUUACAGACAGGCUCUACCGCGCCGAUGUCGUCCACCCGACCGAAGCUGGAGCAGCAUGCCUGAUAUCUUGUGACAGUGAUGCCUCCGUGUUAGUGGCACGCCGCGCACGAGAUGAGGUUGAAGAUAACCCCAUGAUACAUUAUGGCCUGAUCGCUUCUGCGAACCAGUUAAUGAAGGAUGCGGUCAUACGAGACAAGCUCGCGCAGGAGAAAGACGUUCUCUGCUUCGAGAUGGAAGCUGCCGGGCUGAUGAAUCAUUUUCCGUGCCUAGUGAUUCGCGGGAUCUGCGACUAUUCCGAUACCCAUAAAAACAAACAGUGGCAGGGCUAUGCGGCGAUGGCCGCGGCUGCUUAUGCCAAAGACAUUCUCAACAGGAUUCCCCCAAAUAAAGUGGAAGCCGAGAAGAAAUUAAGCGAAUUACAUCACGAGAUGCACAUGGAUAUCUCUACGAUCCGAGGUCAGACAAGUGAGAUCAAGACUCACGUCGAAGAGCUGCGAGUAGAUGGUCACCUUGAGAAAGUCAGAAACUGGCUCGCACCGCCUGAUCCAUCCACAAAUUUCAACAAAGCACGAGAACAGUACCAUGAAGGCACUGGCCAUUGGCUUCUUAAUAGUGAAGUAUACACAAAGUGGAAGAUGGAGCAGAAUUCGUUCCUGUGGCUUUAUGGCAUACCAGGAUGCGGCAAGACGAUAUUGAGCUCUUCCGUCGUUGCGGAUCUAGAACAGAGCGCAGGAUCCGCUCGGACUCUGCUAUACUUCUAUUUCGAUUUCAAUGACGUCGAUAAACAGUCUCUCAACAAAGCUGUUCGAUCACUCAUUACUCAGCUAUACUUCAAACGAAAGGAUGCCCGCAAAGAGACUGAUGCUCUCUAUUCGUCUUGUAACAAUGGACGUCGCCAGCCAGACCAGACAUCGUUACUUGCGCUCUUGCGAAACAUGCUGCAACGCCAGCACGAUAGCGAAGUCUGGAUUGUUCUGGACGCGCUCGACGAAUGUCACGCACGAAACGAAGGUGCAGCCUCCGGCUUAAUGUCGUACAUCAAGAGCCUUCGAGACUGUACCGCAAAUGUCCAUCUUCUGGUCACGAGCCGGCCCGAGCAUGACCUCCAGUCAGCCAUCGAGAGUUGGGCGCAUGUUAGCGAGAUCAUCCCUCUUCAAAGCACCCGAGUAGAGAAUGAUAUCAACUCAUAUAUCAAGGCCAAAACAAGGCAACUGGGCAGAUGGAAAGGACGACCAGAUAUCCAGAACGAAAUCGAAACUGUCCUGUCAGGUAAGGCAAAUGGAAUGUUUCGCUGGGUUGCAUGCCAAUUCGAUGUUUUAUAUAACUGUCUCGACCCAAAGUCCGUACGCACAGAAUUGGCAAACCUUCCACGGACGUUGGAUGAGACAUACAUGCGGAUAUUGCAAAACGUGGAUCCAAGCCAAUGGGAUUCUGCAGUACGCCUUCUGCAAUUCUUGACUUACUCAGAUCGGCCGCUAAGACUUGAAGAAGCAGUGGAUGCAGUUGCAGUAGAUAUUUCGAAUGAGCUCAGGUUUGAUCCAAACUACCGAAUGCCAUGCCCACAGGAAGUCGUCCGAUACUGCUCGAGCCUAGCUGUUCUGGUGAGAAGAAGAGACAAGAGAGACGGAUCAGAAAUCGUGGAAAUCCAGCUUGCGCACUUCUCCGUCCAGGAAUACCUCAUUUCCGGCCGAGUGAAAGGGCAUAUAGCCAGUGAACUAAGCCGAUCGAAUGCGAGCGCUGCUCUCUCGGCAGUCUGCCUCUCCUAUCUGCUCAGCCUAGAUCAUUCGCACCAGCCAAAGGAGGCCAGAGAGAACUAUCCCCUGGCACAAUACUCUGCAAAGUAUUGGCCAAAGUAUGCUGCGAUUGCUGAGCAGUCAGCAAGAAUGCAUCUACCUCUUAUUAGAGAGUACUUCUCGUCAAAAUCAACUAUGAACUUUUGCAAUCGAAUUUAUAACCACGAUGAGCCCUUGGAAAGAAUCGGAUUGAGACCAAAGAAGUCUCCCAACUCUCUAUACUAUGCAUCACUUACUGGACUAAUAUAUUCUACACAAGCGCUUAUCGACGAUGGCGCAGACGUCAACGCGCGAGAUGGGUAUUAUGGCAACGCGCUACAGGCCGCUUCAGCUAAAGGGCACAAGGCGAUCGUCAGGAUACUAGUCGACCAAGGGGCAGACGUCAACGCGCAGGGCGGGGAUUACGGCAACGCAUUACAAGCCGCUUCAUUUAAAGGGAACGAGGCGAUCGUCAAGAUACUGGUCGACCAAGGGGCAGACGUUAACGCGCGGGGCGGGAUGUACGGCAACGCGCUACAAGCCGCUUCAGCUGAAGGAGACGAGGCGAUUGUCAAGAUACUAGUCGACCAAGGGGCAGACGUCAACGCGCAGGGCGGGUAUUACGGCAAUGCAUUACAGGCCGCUUCAGCUACAGGGGACGAGGCGACCGUCAGGAUACUAGUCGACCAAGGGGCAAACGUUAACGCGCAGGGCGGGAGGUACGGCAACGUGCUACAAGCCGCUUUAACUGAAGGGCACGUGGCGAUCGCCAGGAUAUUACAGGAUAUUAUUAGCCAUCAUUUACUUAAGAGCGGAUCCUCUAAAUAA